GCUUCUUCAUAAGACCAACGCUGCAGUUUCUUCCUUUCUUAGAACUCAUAGAACACGUACCCGCAAAACACGCUCUACGCCAGACCAAAACCAAAGGGAGGAGAAACCAUUCAUAGAUAAGACCUGGGAGAAGAAGAUCGAGGAAGCAAAAGGAAAGCCAACGAGGAUAAAUAUUGAUCAUUCGGAGUUCUGAGUGCUCGAUCAUCUGAAUCUUAUUUUCAAUGGCGGCAGAAGCACCAUCUUCUUCUUCAUCACGUAGCAAUGUUUAUCAUCAAGGCUCCGACGACAAGGCCUUGACAGAGUCGGACUUGGCCGCCGCACAGCAGCUGAUGCAACUCAGCGACGAGGAUAACAACAACAGCAGCAGCAGUUGCGGCAGCAAGAAGAGAAGAAGUUACAAAGGGGAAGAGUACGAGACAGAUGAAGAAGGGGUCGAAUAUCAGAGCCCGCUGAGUGUGAUCACCUGCGCAAAGAUUGAAGAGAUUUUUGGGAAGGAAGACGAACAAGAUUACCAGCCAAAGAAGAAGACAAAGUCGUACCGGUCGCUUGCUGAUAUUUAUCUGACGACCAAACCAAUCAGAACAUGAAUGCAGCAUCAUCAUCAUCCUAUGGGAAUUGAAAGAGGAGAGAACUACUUAUGAAACCCUAGUGAUGGAGAUUUUAGAUUAGCUAGGCCUUAGGGGGCUUGAUUGUCUUAGUGAUUAAGUCUAUUAAUUGUUCAAAGAGCUUCAUUAUUAUAAUUUGCUUUGUUUGGUAGAAGUAUUAGUAUUAGCUGGAGAGUGCUUGCUAGCUUAACUUGUGAUUAAUAACAAAUAAGUUUAUCUACGACAUA